AUGGAUAAGAAGGCGGCCAUUGGACUUAUGUUACUGUUCAUAUUACAUGGAGUAUCUAUUGAUGUCAAAGGCGAUGAUGUUAAGCCACAAGUUAUCAUCCGAGAAGUCCCUUCAGACAAAGCUGCAAAAGUUGGUGAUUCUGAGAGUGUCCUUAAAUGUACAGUAUCUACGAUUGGUCAGCAUCUUAUCUCCUGGACUGUAGAGGGGCGCCCUAUAUCAUCAAAUAGAAAAGUGGCAAACCAGCUUGAAAACAAAUUUGAGAUUCAAAGUAGUUAUGAUCUGGUUAUAAAGAAUAUCCAGCUUGACGAUGGUGGGAAAUAUGCUUGUAACCAGAACUCACCUGAUAUUAAACACAUCGGCAGUGCAGAGUUAAACGUUUAUGAUGAGAUUGUCUGUCCUGAGGAUACAGUUAACAAAAUGGAGAAUGAUUCUAUUUCACUGACUUGUGCCGUUGAUUUCAUUGGUGAUGAGAAAUAUGUCCCCGAGUUUGCUUGGGAGUUCAAUGGGAAACCAUUAACAUCUACUGCUGCAGGAGAAAGGCAGGGAAGAACAAAGGUUAUCACUUCAGGCAUCUCUCUUGUGGCUUUGCCAGAAAUGGAUGGGGGAAUCAUAAGUUGCCACUAUAAGAUAAUGACGUCAUCUGAGGGUGUUAUGAUGGCAGAUAGAUGUCGCCGUAAUAUUGUUGUUCAAUAUGCUGCAAGAAAGCCAUCUAUUAUGGUUAGCUCUGAUGACGUUACUGACCGCCAGAGGUCAUGUGACAUAGAUGAACAUGUGACUCUACACUGUGCAUCCAAGGGUAAUCCAGCCCCGAGAUAUACCUGGACUUACAAACAACUGCAAAGUGGCUUUGAUCCAGAAACAACAGAAGAACCUGUUGCCAAAACAUUGAAAUCAAAUUUAGGAGUGUUGGACUUGGGUAAAGUGAACAGGAACCAUACAGGAGUAUACACAUGUAAUGCUAUUAACAUUCACAAUAGGGCCAUAGUGAGCUCUGAAGUUACACUAAUGGUACCAGGCUCGGGGAGGCGUAGUGGUGCUGCAGCUGGUAGCACAGCAGCAGUUGCAGGUGGCGUCAUAGCUGGAAUCAUCAUAUUCCUUGUGAUCCUUGCUGUUAUUUACUAUCUCAUCAAAUACAGGAAGAAGAAUCAAGAACCAGCCAGUCGACCAACACUUAAGAUCGGUUCCAUGGAUGUCACAAAUCGACAAUUCACAUGUCACUCCGAAGACAAAAUUGGCAUAACUUGUUUUGCUUGUGGGACACCAGACCCUGAAUUUAAAUGGUCGUAUAAAAUAGAAGAAGACUACUUCGAGGAUAUCACAGAAAAAGGCACAGCAAUUGGACAAGUUUCUGCAACAGGUCAUCUAUUGAUUCUUGGAGAUGUACACCAAAUCCAAGCAGGAAUAUACAGAUGUCAAGCUAAAAAUAAAUUCAAUGAAGUUGCAAAGUCCUCAACAGUUACUAUCAAAUUAUUAGAUGCUAAACACGAUGAGGAAAAUCCUCCAUCAGACCAUGCCACAUAUGCUGAGGUUAGCGAAGCUCAUCCACUCAUGGAUGGAGCAGGAGAAGGAGAACACCCAAGUGAACCAAAAUAUGCAACUCUCAGUGAACCCAAGGUUCCCACUAAGCCUAAAGAAAAUAAUAAUGCAGAUACAGAGCCAAAGUAUGCAGUUCCUGAUAAAUCUAGAAAAAAUAAUACUUCGCGGAAGCACUCAACAAAUCCAAUAGUGAAUGCAAUCCUCGAAUCAUGGGUUAAUCAAAACUUAGAUGUUAAAGUAUGCUUUUUAUUAUCCUAUUAG